AUGCCAGCGGUCCACCUCUCAAUCUCACCUUCACUCUCAUAUCUAAUAUCAAUAUCCACAAAAACAUCCACAGCCACCGUCACAACCACCCUAACCGUCAACUCCUCCUCCUCAUCACUACCAUCUCUAUCCCGUAGCGUCCCAGGCAUAAACCCAUCCUCACCAUACCUAACCGCCAACGCCAUGACCAACGAAACAAUGCUCACAAACGCCAUCUUCUCCCACCCAGCAAUAAUAACCUGGGCAUCCCUUUUCUCCGCAUUCCUAAUUUUCGCAGGGGUGGUAUUCGGUUUACAAAAGGUUAUGAGAAGGAUCAGAGCCAGGAAAUGGAUUAAAGGCCAACUACUUCGCGGGGGACGUACAACAACAGCAGGGGCAGCAAGAGCAGCAAGAGCAGUGGCGGGUAGUGAUACUACCAAUACUUCUACCGACCCACCGAAUAUUAAUGAUGGGGAUGGUACCAAGCCGUGUUGUGGGAAAGAAACAACCAAUGAGAGUGUAGAUAAAGAGAAGCUAAAGCAUAAGAAGAAUAGGAAUAGGAAGGUGGGAUUGGUCGAUGCUACAAGGGUUUAUAGUAGUAAGGGGUGUGAAUUCAUCAAUGGGAGUGAUUUGAGCUUAAGGGCUGAUGAAGGGGUAGACGAGAGGAGCGGGAGUUGGAGUAAGAGAAGGGAUAAGCGGUUUGAACAUGUAAAACCUGGUGGUAAUGGGAGGAAAGUAAAGGUGGUAGCGGGGCGUUCGGAUUGA